AUGUUCUUCCCUGUUUUUCUGACGUAUCUGUUAAUAUGUCUACAACCGCUUGUCACCCUGGCUGCCCCCCAGUCGUACGCACCGCAGCCAAUCACGACUCCAUGGCGUGAGACGUUUGGUCGUCCAUCGAGCUUCGAUUUCCACUGGAGCUUCAGUACAGCCGCCGUCGGCGACUUUCAGAGCCUAACGGAACGAAUCCAAUCGGGGGCCGAAAUAAAAGUCUAUCGGGCAACCUUGGAUGCGAACGCGAAUCAGAGAGUCAUCGAUGUCUUCGUGGCACCCACAGGAACCUAUUCAGAGGUCAUUUUUAAUGUCUACCACAACGGAAAUAUAGUUAUCCAUUACCAUUCGCUGGGGCAGCCAGACACCAGUGACAUAAACUCGGGCUCGGCAGGACAGUUCGCUAUGAUUCCGCUUCCAGAUGGCGCCCAGACGAUUACAAUUUAUUGGCGUGUGGAGCAAGAUUUGUAA